CAGCCUGCCUAUCAUUGCAAGAGUUUCAGCCAACACAGAGAACUACUCCUCAGAACUCUCCCUUCCCUCUUGCAGGGGCCAGGGUUAGGAAGAGAAGUAGUUUCAAAGGCCAAACAAACAAGAAGCUCAUCGCCUCAAUUCCAGCAACUGUUCAUUCAGUUGUAUAGCUUGUGUUGGGAAGCUCUUGUAGCUAGAUUAUUUGUAGUUCCUCCCUUGUAUCACAAUGGCAGGCCUAUCUCUGCAACACCCCUGGGCAUUCGCCUUCGGCCUCCUAGGCAACAUCAUCUCCUUCAUGACCUUCCUGGCCCCAAUCCCGACAUUCUACCGCAUCUACAAGAGCAAGUCGACCGAGGGUUUCCAGUCGGUUCCCUACGUGGUGGCGCUGUUCAGCGCGAUGCUGUGGAUCUUCUACGCGCUGAUCAAGUCCAACGAGCUCCUCCUCAUCACCAUCAACGCAGCCGGCAUCGUUAUUGAGAGUAUCUACAUAGUCAUGUACUUCGUCUACGCAGACAAGAAAGCUAAGUGGUUCACUGCAAAGAUCAUGCUUGGCCUCAACGUCGGCUUCUUCGGGGCCAUCCUCCUCGUUACCCUGCUCCUCUUCAAGGGCGACAAGCGCAUUGUCACGCUGGGCUGGAUCUGCGUCGGCUUCUCCGUCAGCGUCUUCGUCGCGCCGCUCAGCAUCAUCAAGCGCGUGAUUCAGACGCGGAGCGUGGAGUACAUGCCCUUCUCCCUCUCGCUCUCGCUCACCCUCAGCGCCGUCGUCUGGUUCCUAUACGGCCUCCUCAUCAAGGACAAAUACGUCGCGCUUCCGAACGUUAUCGGGUUCACCUUCGGCGUGGUCCAGAUGGUCCUCUACGUGGUCUACAUGAACAAGACGCCGGUGGUCGCCGAGGGCAAGGACGCCGGCGGCAAGCUGGUGACGGCGGCCGCGGACGAGCACGUCCUCGUCAACAUCGCCAAGCUCAGCCCCGCCCUCCCGGAGAAGAGCUCCGAGGUGCACCCGGUGUUCGAGAUGGGGGCUCCCAGGCGCUGCGCCACCGAGGCGGCGAGGGCGGCGGCGCCGAACCGCGACGUGGUCGACGUCUUCGUCAGCCGCCACAGCCCCGCCGUCGGGGUGGCCUAGACGAUCGUACAACGCUUUAAUUACUUAAUAUUCGCACGACUUGGAGCUGGCUGGUCAUAAGCAGCGACGGCGAGUGGUUUAAGUAUACUAAUUACCAGUAAUUAACUGCUCAUGGAAGCUAGAGAGAGAUGAGAGCCAUGGAGAUGGGAAGAUUUAUAUAUAUAUACAUGUAUAUGGCGUGUCUGUGUGUUCGUCUGUCGUCCUGCUAUUAUUGUUGUGUUUAUUUUCAGAUCUAUUAUUCCUUUGUACUGUGACGCGGACCUAAUAAACUGUAUAAUCGAUAUCUCA